AUGUCUUUCCCAACAGACUUUACUCAAUCGAUCAAAAGAAACAAGAAGCAAAAACGUCGCACUUACAAUAGCGCGAACGAUUACAUCUUACCCUCAAUCGACACAUCCACCUUGGACUUUGAAAUCUUCGAAGACGCCCGCUGCGCAGUCUGCGAUGGGGAUCUUGAUCCAAGACAGCCAGAAGCACUACCCCAAAUCCUCCCCGACCUCUGCCGCGCCUGCCAAAAGCAAGUAGCACAACUACAGCUCGAACAAGAACACAUUGCGAAAGAAAAGCGAAAACGCCAAAUGCGCGGAAUUCAAGCAGCGAUCGAUGCGCAGCUGGCGCAGAGCGAGUUGUGUAAGGUGUUGGUUGAUGGGAAUGAGAAGUUGAGGGGGGAGAUUGAAGAGAUUGAGAGGCAGAUUUUGGUGCAGGAGGAGAGGAAUGAGGUGUUGAGGAGAUUUAGGGAGGAGGAAUUGAGGGGGAGUGAGGGAUAG